GAUGAAGAUAUUCGUAAACGAGCUGCACACGUAUUAAACAAGUUAACUCAUCCACCCUCAUCAUUAAUCAACGGUGCUGAUGAUUCCUCUGAUCAACAACAGAAGCAUUGUAAUGGCAAAGGCUCGCAGGAAUCAGGAACAGACUUUUCCGACCAAAAUUUAAUUAUCUUUGAUGAUGGUGACACUCAACGAUCGGGGCUGACCGAUGAUUCAGCUUCGUCAUCAUAA